AAUCUCAUCUCGCCGAACGAGCAAUUCCAAUUUGAAUUAUUUUGUGAAUUGUGAAAGAAUUAUGCGGAAUUAAAAAUAAAAAUCUUGAAAUUAUUGAAUAAAGAUGAGCAUACAAAUGUUGAAUAUGACAAGUACAAUGUCUGCCAAAUUUGUCUAUUGUUACGGUCUGAAACCGGUAAUUCAACGAUCAAUCACUCGUCAGUUGCACCUACUGAAUAAACAAAAUGGAUUAGACUUGAAUGCAAUUAGGCCAAUUUUAUCCUUUAAACGGGGCUAUGCUAAGGAAGUAUAUGCGAGAGAUAAACCUCAUAUUAAUAUCGGUACAAUCGGGCACGUAGAUCAUGGUAAAACCACUCUGACAGCGGCGAUCACUAAAGUUCUUUCAAAGAAAAAAUUAGCCGUCGCUAAAGACUAUGAAGAUAUUGAUAAAGCUCCUGAAGAGCAAGCUCGUGGUAUCACUAUAAAUGCUGCCCAUGUUGAAUAUGCUACAAAGAAUCGUCAUUAUGGACAUACUGAUUGCCCUGGACAUGCGGAUUAUAUCAAGAACAUGAUUACCGGAACCGCCCAAAUGGACGGUGCCAUUUUGGUGGUCGCUGCCACUGACGGAUGUAUGCCGCAAACUCGCGAACACGUCUUAUUAGCCAAGCAGAUUGGUGUUUCUCACUUAGUUGUUUUCAUAAAUAAAGUGGACGCUGCAGAUGAUGAAAUGUUAGAAUUGGUAGAGAUGGAAGUCCGAGAAUUACUUACUGAAUUGGGUUAUGAUGGUAAUGCAACACCUAUUGUGAAAGGAUCAGCCUUAAAAGCAGUUGAAAACGAAAAUCCUGAAAUAGGCGAAGAGGCUAUCUUGAAAUUAUUGGAAGAAGUCGAUAAUCACAUCCCAGAACCUAUUCGAGAUUUAGACAAACCAUUCUAUUUCCCUAUUGAACAUAUAUACACAAUUCAAGGUCGUGGUACUGUUUGCACUGGUAGAAUCGAAAGAGGUAAAGUUAAGAAAGGAGACAACGUUGAAGUAGUGGGCUACAACAAAUCGUUCAAAACUGUAGUCGCAGGCGCUGAAAUGUUUCAUAAAACAUUAACUGAAGGUCAGGCAGGAGAUCAAGCAGGUUUACUUUUAAGGGGUUUGAAAAAAGAUGACGUAAGACGAGGAAUGGUAGUUAUCGCGCCAGGAUCUUGCAAGCAACACGAUCAUUUUGAAGCGCAAAUAUAUAUUCUAACGAAAGAAGAAAGCGGCGCAGGAGUUCCGAUUGUACAAUACACGCCUACCCAUAUAUAUUCAAAAACCUGGGAUGUUCCCGUUUCUUUGAGAAUUCCUGACAGACAAGAAAGAGAAAUGAUAAUGCCCGGUGAAGACGGAAAGAUAGUGGUUAAAUUAUUCAGACCAAUGGUAUUAGAAAAGGGGCAACGUUUCACAUUCCGAAACCCAGGUGCUACAUUUGCUACCGGAAUAGUCACCAAUAUUUUAACUAAUCUAUCUGAAGAAGAGAGAGUUGCCAUGGCCGACGGUAAAAAGGCCAUGUUGAAAUUUGAAACCAAAUUAGAAGAAAAAUUGCAGAAAGAUAAAGCAGCUGCAGGGAAAACUGGUUGAGGUUCAUCCUGAAGUUGUGAACUAAAAAUGUAAUUUUCUUGAAACCUAACGUGAAGUUCGGUGUACUACCUUUUAGUAAUUGUCGUAUCAGCUUUGUCAAGUAAACGUACUUUUUAAUCAUUUCAAAUGUAUUUUUCGCCAGUUUGUUGAAUUGUACUGCAAAAGAAAAUACACGUUCUCAUUUUUUU